CUCGGGCUCGUUACGGACGUUACAACAAAUUAUAUCGCGCUUCAAGGUGACGUGUGUAUCCUUGAGGAAACUACAUCGGUUCUAGGAUAAAGUGCGCCUAGAAAAGGUUGAAUUCAACUUUUAAACGGCAUUAGAACAAACUCAGUCGACAAAGCUUAAAUAAAAAAAAUGGUUCAUUUGUGAUGCUGCUGUGUCAGCGUUGAAGUUUUUAAUGUUUAAAAGGCACAUUCAACAAAAGAAAGGAAGCAUAUUCAAAGGCACACGUGAAACGAGCUUCCCGUUUAUUCGCCACCACGAAGCAGAAUUCCCCCACGCAGUCUAGUAAGGGUAAAAGCCAUAAACAGUGUGAGUCAUCACAACAAGAUGAAAGCAGGGGCAGUUGAACCGGCCGGCGGCGGCGUCGAAACAACAGAGAACGAUGCAAAACAGAAACCUAACAAUAUUUACUCUGCAACACCAGCGGCAGCAGCUAGCCACCGUCAUACGUCAGUCGGUAGUAUUCAUGAUGAUAGCGUAGGAGAUUACGAUUACUCCUGCAACCAGGUGACGAUUACUGCUGACAAACCACAACAGAUGAUAACGGCCAUGGGUGGUGUUGCCGCUAAUGAUGGCAAAAAUGGGAAGGUCAAGUCUCCUCCAGGGCCCAGAGGACAGGAUUUCGUUCCUCCGGACGGUGGAUGGGGCUGGGUAGUAGUCAUCGCUGCCGGUUGUUCUAAUCUUUGUACAUUUCCUGGGCUGCAACAGUUUGGGUUGCUCUUUCGUGAUCGAAUGACGCAAUUAGGCAUAAAUUCAUCACAGAUCACUUCUAUCAUCAACACGAAUGCCGCGUUGAUGUCGAUGGUUGGCCUCGCAAAUGGACCCAUGUUUCGCCAACUCACCUAUCGACAGGUGGCGCUGUUCGGUGCAACUCUGGUUACAGUAGGACUUUGCCUAACUUCUAUAGCGGAUUCCUUCAUAGUUUAUUUGCUGACUUUCUCCAUAUUAUACGGUUCCGGAGUGGGCAUAACUGCUUCAGCAAAUUCUCUAGCCUUGAAUACGUACUUCAAAGAGCGUCGCCGCUAUGCAACAGGGUUUUCCUGGACAGCAACCGCUCUAGGUCCUAUCAUUUCACCUCACGUAAUAACGUUCCUACUGCCUCUGUUCGGUGUCAACGGCACUGUUCUAAUCUUUGCCGGCUUUGCAACGAAUGCUUUUGUUUGUUCCAUGCUUCUGCAACCGGUUGAGUGGCAUUCGAAACCCGUACCUAGAGCUAUUGCCCAAGAAGAAGCUAAAGAAGAGCUUCCCGAAAUAAAACAGUGUAGUUUAUGCCAAUUUGCUCCCUUGAGGAAAGAUCACAGUAUUCUUUCCAGUCAGUACCUGUACAAUGCAGACGAUGUCUGUGCCCCCGGUUACGAGAUUAUCGAUCCCGGUACCCCGAUGCUAUCCAGGGCCAACGAUGGUUGGUACUCGGGUAACACUGGUCGAUCCCAUUACGGAUCUCGAAUGAAUCUUCAGAAGAGCGUAGGACCAUCGACCCGGCCUUCAUCCAAUAAUUUAGUAUCGCUGUCAGGUGAUCGUGGACCAAAACCAAUAAGUGAUAAAAGAUAUCAGGCAGAAAAGGACAGCAACCGGUUGGCAGGAGGUUACCAGAAACGUCCGAAUACCUUUAACCGGGAGAAAGAAGUACUCAAAUUGGCGUCCCGUAAACUAGAACAGAUAGUGGACCAUGAAACAGAAAGUCGAUGCACUUGUGAGGAGGAACGUAGAACGUUACUUAAAGAAAAGCAAACACCUCCAGAUGAACACCACCCAGACCAGUUCACUUUACUGCAGCGGAUUGUCGUGUUCUUCGAUCUGGACCUUCUGAAGGACUGGGUCUACGUGAACAUUAUGGUUGGUAUCACACUGGCAAACUUUGCCGAGGUCAAUUUUUCAGUUCUGACUCCCUUCAUACUAGGGGACUUCGGCCUUCGAAAGGAACAGGUGGCCCUGGUAAUGUCGCUGCUGGGAGCGAUGGACAUUUUCUGUCGAUUCUUCAUUCCGUUUGUUGCCGGCAAGAUCGGAUGGGAGAAUAGGACCUUUUUCUUGUUCGGGGUGAUGAACAUGGCCAUGGGGCGCAUUGUUUUAGCUCAUUGGCACACGUUUCCGGUAGUCAUAGCCGUUGCAUGCUGGAUAGGCUUUAACAAGGGACUGCGAACGGUCUUUAUGGCUUUGGCUAUUCCCUCACAUGUGCCACUCGAUAGACUUCCUGGAGCUACCGGUAUUCAGUUGAUGUUCUCCGGACUCUUCUAUCUGAUAGUAGGUCCCGUAGUUGGUUUUAUUCGGGAUCGGACAAACUACACAAUAACGCUUCACUGCCUCAAUAUCGCCACCUAUACAACAGCAAUAUUCUGGAUCAUUGAAAUGUACUAUUUAGGCUGCAGGAAGAGUCGAUCUCAUGAAAUACCCGAAGAUGAUUCUGCAAACAAGGACCCGUAAGUAACCGAACUAAGGCUGUCAUCAUAUUUCAGAUAGAAAAA